AUGUCGGAAUGGAGCCAGCCGCCCGAUGCUCAGCUAGACAUAUACGAACCGGUGGCUGCUCCUAGAGGCCCUAAAGAGCAGAUGCCGCGGCGGUUGCCGGCAGUGGGUGGCGGAGGCGGCGGAAGGCCCGUUUACGUCGACAUAAGCACCUACGGAGGAGAAGCUAUGGACUAUGAUGUGCCGGGCGGGGAGACGCCUUCGUCUAAAACCUACUUCGAUGAUCGUUUUGACCAAGAAACAAUCAUAGGAGCCCUUCUCAGGGAAGAUGCCAACACAGCCGCCGUUGCAGAUUCGUACUGUGGAACCGACUGCGGCUGCUACUCUGUGGCGCCCGACUACAUGGACUCGGCGCCGGUGGACGCGUGGAACGCACCCGCUCUCUCCAGCAUCAACCCGGCGCGCUGCGCGAGCGAUGCAGGAUGCUAUGGGUUUGCGAUGCAACACGACGGAUAA